UAAAGAAUAGCUGGUUGGUCGAUUCACGUGUAUUAUACAAACACAGACGGUAGGUUAACAUGUCUGCAGUUUAGCCUGUGGGGAACAAACUGUGCAGCUGUGGCUGUCGGGCCCUUUAAAGACACUAAACGCGUUUCCAACAGCCAUACGUCUUAAGUGUAAACUGCGUUCCAAGCAAUGGCGGAGGGAGGCUUUGAUCCUUGCGAGUGCGUCUGCACCCAAGAGUACGCUAUGAGACGUCUCAUCAACCUGCUCAGGCAAUCUCAGUCCUACUGCACAGACUCAGAGUGCCCUCAGGAAUUGCCAGGUCCCGGUGGGCAAAUUAGCGGAGGGAAUGACCUGACCCUACCAAUGGUUCUGAUGGGAUGGGUCGUGUUGGCUCUAGUCCUGUUUCUGCUGCGCCCAUCCAGUCUCAGGGGCCCCCGCCUCACAGGCAAACACAUCGGACCCCACAAUAGCAAUGGACGAGAGCCGCCCGCUCCUCCUGUUGAUUAACAGCGGAGCCACACUACCAGUACUCCUCCAGCUGCUUUGACUGGGGCUGCACAGUUGGCAAGUAACUGUGACCAGGACCGUGUCGUCCUUCAUACAAAUAUCUUUUGACUUUUCCUUUUCUGAAACUAUAGUGUUCUUCAGUAGAUUGGUCUAUGAUUACUGUUACUGAAGCUCAACUUAUAUCGCAAAGAUUAAGCCAAAACCGUUUUAAAAACCGACAUUUGAGAGCAGAGAGCAACAUCAUGUAAAGGCAAUACAUGCCCAUAGAAUUCUUUCUGCUUUGUUUUUGUCAUUUUUGCCUAAAAUACACUUAAAAGCAGGUGAUUUAACAUUUACACAGAAACCCAAAUGGUAGCCAUGCAUAAAAUAUUGAAGACGGCAUUGAAGUUGUCAAACUAACUACAGAAAUAUAUUUGUAUAAUUUUCCAAAUGUGUAUCUCUGAUGAAUGGAUUUUAGUAGUAUGCUGAUAAUGACCACAUGUUGAUACAGUACUUUGGCUUAAUGUGAUACUAAUCAGGGCGUAGUAUCAUUCUGGGUCAGGCUCUGAUGCCAGUUCUGGUGCUGAUUCAUCUUCGGGAACUUAGACAUGUAAUCAAAAUGAAGGAAUGGUACAGGGGUGGGAUGAGAAAAGAACAGUAGCACAUAAUCUUUGUUGGGGAAGUCAAACUUUGCAGUGGGGAGGUUCUUCAGUUGUUUACAAGUUUACUAUUCUACUAUAAACUGUGCCAAUAAAACAAUAUGUAUCACAUACUAUUUUAACAGAUUAUUUUAAAUUCAGUGCUGCUUAAGGUGGUACAUUCAUUCCAAUGCAAUUCAUUCAUCUUUUAGUUUUCACUGAAAUCAAUUAUCUUUUCAUCUCAGCCAAUAACUGGUCAGAUCUCUUCUGUGUUUGCAAGAAGAUAAAUACCUAUUCCUAAAAUGGUAAUAACAGAUAGACAGAUGUAUAUUACAUACACACAUACAUACAUAUGAAUAUCUAUAAUAUUAUGGCAAACUUCUUAAAAUUAGGUAGAUUUUUUUAAGGCCACUGGACAGUAAUAAAUUGUCAGAUGAUGUGAGGUACUUAUCCAGAAGGGGGUUGGAUAUUGUACAAAGGUGAUACUACAUGCACAGUGUAUAAAACAAUAAAUUUUCCCUUUAGUUUAGAGGUUUCAUUUGACAGAUAUUAAGAAGAGUGUUUGGAAUCAGCUGAACGCUUGCAUUUCAAUCAGGCAAUGUCAUAAGUUGGAAACGGAACACACAAGGAUUAAAUGGUGUUGUCAAUAUAAAACUAUGUACUUGGCACAAAUCAUAUUAUGAUUUCAUGUACUGUAGAUGUUUGUGCUUAAAAUAAGAACAUGAUAAUUAAAUACAGACUUAAUAGUAGCUGAGACUCUUAUUUUACUCGCACUUUCUAUGUGGUAUGUUGAUGUUUUUUUAAAGGUGUGUUAUUUUAAUGAUUGGUCUAAAAACAAUGGCCUUGUGUAAAAGUUGGCCAGUUGUUUUCCUAUUGACAAUAUUAACAGUCAAAUUAAUGGGAACAAUUCAAAGUUAUUAUAAUAAGUGUAUGUAUGAAAGUGUAUGUAAUUAAUGAAAAGUAGCUUUUUCAGGCAGCGCCAAUGUGGGGUUAUUUCCUUAUAUCAGUGCUAAUUUAGCAGACAACCUUUAGUGACAGAACAGUAAUUUGAUUCAACAGUCAGUUCUGUUUUGAACUUGGUGAUAAGCCUGAUGCAUUUUUUUGAAAGAGAAAUUUUAAGACGUUGUUUUUGCCCUACAGGUCAUUUUUCUUACCUAAUCUGCAAGUCUUCAACCUUAAAUUUACUGGUGGAACUCAAGCUUUCUUUGAUAUUUUGCAAGUUAUCUGUUGUCCUUUUGACUGCAUUCUUUACAUGAAGGGUUUGCUAUAUUUGUUAACAUCAUUAUUACAGUAUGCCCCUGUCAUGAAAACAUUGUUGUGUGUUUGGGCCUUAACUUUUUUGGAUGUAGUUUGUCAUGAAUUACAUUGAUUUUUUUUUUAAUUAAUAGGUCUUUCUUAAAUGUUUGGUCAAAUAAUUGACAAAACCUGGAUUCAAGACCAUCACAUUACUUGGCGGCACUGUAUUUCCUUGUCAGUACAUUUUUUGUCCCCCAUUUGCUGGACUUUAUUGGAGGUCAUCGAAAGGAUAUUCCAGAUGGAAUAUUUUUGGCAAACCAAGGAAAUCCUACUAGAUGGUUGAGAUGAACAGGAGGAGACCUUAAUUUUUCAUUAUUGGUGUCUGUGAGUUAAUAAAGGGCUUCAACUAUGCACUUUUCCUAUAACAAAACAAAUAAAAAAAUAGGUCACAUUA